AUGGUGUGUAAAUCAUCAGAAACAACAAACAAAAAAUUGAAAUCCAAGGAGAAGCAAAGGAAAGGAUUAUGGUCACCAGAAGAAGACGAGAAGCUUAGGAAUCAUGUGCUCAAAUACGGCCAUGGAUGUUGGAGUUCUAUUCCUAUUCAAGCUGGAUUGCAGCGGAAUGGGAAGAGUUGUAGGCUAAGGUGGGUUAAUUAUUUAAGACCUGGACUUAAGAAGGGUGAAUUCACUAAAGAAGAAGAAACCAUACUUCUCUCACUCCAUUCUAUAUUGGGUAACAAAUGGGCUCAGAUAUCAAAAUAUCUACCUGGAAGAACGGACAAUGAGAUCAAAAACUAUUGGCAUACGUAUCUAAAGAAGAGUGUACCCUCCACAAAACAUGAAACUACAAGAACCCCUCAAACACAUUCAAUCACAAACUCAGUUAAUACCUUGGAAAGUACAACCAGGAAGUCUUCUUCCUUCAUCAGUGUUGGCGAAUCAUUUAGUGCAAGAGUAUCAAACUUUUCGCCAAGUAUUGUGUUCUCCGAAUGGUUAGAUCGCAGUUUGGUUAUGGAACAAUCACCUCAAAAAUGUAGUUAUGUUCAAGACCAUAUUGUACCGGAAGAGAGCGGAGUCGCUGGAACGUAUGGCCACCGUUUCUACGAAAACAACAACUAUAUGGAUCAUUUCAUACCAAACUCGGAUUUAUUAUUGGAGGAUGAGAUCGUUUGUACUUCAUUUUCAGACAGUUUUUUGGUCGACAUUCUCCUAAGUGAACAACGGUCAAUGUAGAUGUGAAGAGAGUCUAAAGAUGUCCGAAGUGCAAAGAGAUAAUUGUUCAAUUUACGGCAGAAGUGACUAUAAAAGAGUACAUAAUUA